GAGCGAAAGGUGAAAGAUUCGGGGCAGGGGAUGGGGAGAAGAUAAUGAAAAACUCUUGUUUUGCUCUAUAUAAACGUGCCCCGCAAUGCUAUCCUUACAAGCGAGUUGGUAGGUUGAGAGCCAAUGUUUUUAUGUUGGCUUUCAACUGUCGUGAAGCUUCUUGGCCCAUGAGUCAUUUAUAAGAAAAAUAAAUACACAUUGGUCUCUCUUCUUUAGUUUUUCUGUUUUCUGUAAUGGAGAAUUUAGUGGGUGUUUUUGUCCUUAUGGUCCUGAUACUGAACGGAGCCCUGUUUGUCCAUUCGGGUCCUGCUGUUCCCUGCACUGGGCAGAGCUCAUAUCCCUUUUGCAGCACCUCGCUGCCUUUUGGUGACAGAGUGAAGGACCUCAUUGGGCGCCUCACAUUGCAGGAGAAAGUUCAGCAGCUCGUUAAUGCAGCCGGUGCUGUUCCCAGGCUUGGCAUUCCUGCCUACAAUUGGUGGUCCGAAGCACUGCAUGGAGUCUCGAAUGUAGGUCCCGGGACUCGAUUUGGGGGCAAUGUUCCUGGAGCUACCAGUUUUCCUCAAGUCAUUCUCACUGCAGCUUCCUUCAAUGAAUCUCUCUGGCGAGCCAUCGGCCAGGUUGUGUCCACAGAGGCACGGGCAAUGUAUAAUGUGGGGCUGGCUGGGCUGACAUACUGGAGCCCUAACGUCAACAUAUUCCGUGACCCACGAUGGGGCCGCGGCCAGGAGACUCCUGGUGAAGACCCUGUCCUCACUGGCAAAUAUGCUUCCAACUAUGUACGUGGUCUACAGGAUACCGACGGCUCCGACCCCAACAGACUCAAGGUCGCAGCCUGCUGUAAACAUUACACUGCGUAUGACGUGGACAACUGGAAUGGAGUCCAACGCUACACCUUUGACGCCAAGGUCACACAGCAAGAUUUGGAGGACACGUUUAACCCUCCCUUCAAGAGCUGCGUUUUGGAUGGCAACGUGGCAAGUGUUAUGUGCUCUUACAACAAAGUCAAUGGCGUCCCAACCUGCGCAGACAAAGAUCUGCUCGGUGGUACUGUGAGAGGCGAAUGGCAAUUGAACGGGUACAUUGUCUCCGACUGUGAUUCGGUCGAUGUGUUAUACAAUGCACAGCACUACGCGCCCACUCCUGAGGAUGCAGUUGCUGACGUGAUAAAAGCUGGGCUAGAUCUGGACUGUGGAUCUUUCAUGGGGAAGCACACAGAAGCAGCUGUGAAUGCAGGCAAAGUGGACGAGUCCCUGAUUGAUCAAGCUCUGGUCAACACCUUCACUACAUUGAUGAGACUAGGUUGGUUUGAUGGCGAUCCUGCCAAGCAACCAUAUGGGAACUUGGGACCCAAUGAUGUGUGUACUGAGCAGCACCAAGAACUAGCUUUAGACGCAGCCAGGCAGGGGAUAGUUCUGCUCAAGAAUGAUGGCUCAUUGCCAUUAGCUGCAAACAAGAUUAGUUUUUUGGCUGUCAUUGGGCCCAAUGCAAAUGUUUCCAAAGUCAUGAUUGGCAAUUAUGAAGGUAUUCCAUGCAAGUAUACAACCCCUCUUCAAGGGCUUUUGAAAUACACUUCACUCCUCUACGCCCAAGGUUGCACCAAUGUGGCAUGUACUGGAAAUGAUUUGUUCGGUGGAGCAUUGCAGGCAGCAAGCAAAGCAGAUGCAACCGUCUUGAUAGUAGGUGGUGAUCAGAGCACAGAGGCAGAGUCGCGGGAUAGAACAAGUUUGUUGUUACCUGGCCAGCAACAACAGCUGGUAUCCCAGGUCGCAAAUGUGUCAAAGGGACCAGUAGUUCUUGUGAUCAUGUCAGGGGGUCCUUUUGAUAUAUCAUUUGCAAAGGAUGAUGAUAAAAUUGCAGGCAUCCUCUGGGUGGGAUAUCCAGGACAAGCUGGAGGAGCAGCCAUUGCAGAUGUAAUUUUUGGACAAUACAAUCCUGGUGGGAGAUUGCCCGUGACUUGGUACCCACAAGAUUUCGUUAAAAUUCCCAUGACAAACAUGAACAUGAGGCCAGAUCCAGCCACAGGAUAUCCAGGCCGAACUUACAGGUUCUACACAGGAAAAACUGUUUACAUGUUUGGUGAUGGGCUGAGUUAUACGAACUACAAACACACUCUGGUUCAUGCACCUAAGCUGGUGUCCCUUCCUCUGGAUGACAAACUUUCUUGUGCCCACAAAACAUCUAAUUUUUCCUGUGAGGCUGUUCGAAUAACCCACACUAAUUGUCAGAACAUGCAAAUGGAUGUUCAUGUUGAUGUGAACAACAUUGGUCCUAGAGAUGGAAGUCAUGUAAUAUUCUUAUUUUCUACACCUCCAUCCAAGCACCAUGCUCCAAAGAAGCAAUUGCUUGGAUUCCAUAAGGUUCAUGUCACUUCAGGAGGCAGGGAAAGAGUACGUUUCAGUGUUGACGUAUGCAAGGACCUCAGCAUUGUUGAUAAAGCUGGCAAUAGGAAUCUGCCAGUGGGUUCCCAUCUUCUUCACAUAGGUGAUCUGCAACAUUCCAUCUCUCUUCAAAUAACAAACUAAUUCCCUUCAUGGGAAUUCUGUUGCUCUGUUUUUGCAAAGAGCAGGGAAGCUUCAAUAACUUUAUAUCAUGGCCAAGUCAACUGUUAAUUGUUUAUGACAACUACUGGAAGAAAAUACCAAUGCUGCCUGUAAUACCAGUCUAUUUUUGGUAUAUUCUUGCGUGGAGGCUUUGAAGUCAGUUAAAAGGAUUGGCCUCUUCAGCCCUAGCCCUAAAGUAAUUGACUAGUUACUUAGUUGUUCUUAUUAAACCAUCCGCAGGCAGCAGAUUUAUAAUAUUGGGAAAUAAGUUGUUUGUCCUGAAAAGCAUGUGAUGGCAGUAGGACAGUCUUUUUAUGAUCCAUUCAUAUCUCAUAGCUAUCCCAUGUAAGAUAGCUUAGAGAUGCUUGUGGGCCCUGUGGCCCCUUUUACUUCACUUUUUAUUUCCAAUAUAAAUGCUGUUUUGAAAAGUUC